AUGGAUUCUUCAUCUUCAUCUUCCAGAUCUUCCGAUUACGACUACUACGGCGGUUCAGGCUCUUCCGAUUAUCAAGAAAUUGAUUACACAAAAUUGUGCUUUGAAAUUUGGCAAGCAAAAAGCGACGAAGAAUGUGCCCGAUUAUUGACGCUCUUCGGAAAAGUUGUGGAAGAAUGGAAGAACUUCGAACAAAGAGACAAUUUGACGCACAUCACGAAUAUGGAGAAAUUUCAACAGCACGUGGGCUGGAACUUGGACAACUGGACGGAUUGGAUUGAGCUCAUCAUCAUGAGUCUGGUGAGCAUCGCCUGCGCAAUUGUCGCUUCUUGUGCGAUUCUUUUCAACUGCAAUUGGAGAAACGUCCAGAGAUUUUUGGAUGAGUGUCAUGAUCCUGACAGGAAGGGUGCCUUUCUCCAUGAUUCCUUGUUGAUCUCAAACCAUUUUCGUGAACCCUUGACAGUUGGUCUUGGAAUUCUUGCUUUUGGAGCUGUUGUGUCGACGAUAUUAACUCCCAUUCUUCUGAGAAAAAAUACCGACGAGAAAACAUCAUCAUCAACGACGACAACAACGACGAGGACGACGACAACAACAACAAGUUUGAUCAUUUCCUGCGACCCGAAUCCUUGCGAGAACGGCGGUUCUUGCGACGAAAUUGGUGAAUCAAUCAUUUGUUCUUGUCAAGAAGGCUUUUUUGGUCAACUUUGUGAGCUUUCCCCCUGCUCAAACAGUCCCUGUCAGAAUGGUGGAUCAUGCACGAUUUCCGGAAGCAGUUAUAUCUGUUCAUGCAAAGAUGGUUUUUUAGGAGACAAAUGCGAGAUAACUCCUUGCACAAACGAUCCAUGUCAGAAUGGCGGAACCUGCUCGUUUUCAGGAAACAUGUAUCAAUGCUCAUGUAAAGAUGGUUUCUCUGGAGUCCAAUGCCAGAUAACUCCUUGCUCAGAAAACCCGUGUGAUCAUGGAACCUGUGAGAUUGUUGGAGGCGACUUUGAUUGCAACUGCGAAGGAGGAUACUCCGGGAAGUUGUGCGAGAUUGACCCUUGCUCAUCGAACAUUUGUCAAAAUGGUGGAACAUGCAGCUUCGAUGAAACUGAUGGGUACAGUUGCUCCUGCAAAGAAAACUUUCUCGGCGACCAUUGCGAGAUUAAUCAGUGCACCGACAAUCCAUGCGCAAAUGGUGGAAAAUGCAUCUUGGUAGAACCAGAUUUUGAGUUCUUAUGCAAAUGCCCCCGUGGUUUUUUUGGAGAGACAUGUGAAGAGAGCAUUUGCGACGCUGAUCCUUGUGAGUACGGAACAUGUACGGUAGCUGAUCGGAACAAGACAAUUUCUCUACGAGGGCCUUCAUUUUCCUGUGAGUGCCCAACUGAUAUGUUCGGAGGCCAUUUGUGUCAAAUUACACCAUGCGAGAUCAAUGAUAAUGACCAAAGUAAACCUCCGGCUUGCUACAACGACGGAGUAUGUUCAAUGGAAGGAGACGACUUCAAAUGCCAAUGUCCCGAAUUUCACUCUGGGGAUCGCUGUGAAUUUCAUCCGUGCAUGGACAUUCCUUGCCAAAACGGUGGUGUAUGCGAAAUCACUGGAGAAAACAUUUACACCUGUAAUUGCCCAGAAGGGGUUACAGGUGAACACUGUGAAGAACUACCUGAAACGACGAAUCGCUGUUUUGAUCUCGACUGCGAUGGCGUGUGCAUUGAAAUGGAAGACGGGCCGAAAUGCUUUGGAAAAUCGAUUGUUGGAUUUAUUAACAAUAAUAAUCAAGAGUAUACGAUGACUUGUGGGGCAUCUGACUCUCCAACAAUGAACACGACGCCAGAACUAGAAAUUCAUCAUCUUGAAAUCGUUCCCACUUUCAAGAAGAACGAAUACUUUAUCAAUACUCACGGUUGUGGCAACACCGGAAAUUGUAGAGCAAGCUUCCCAGAAGAUCAAUUACCAAAAGGUGGAUUGGUGCUGCAUAAGGAGAAAGGAAGAUUUGGAUUUUUGCAAACAUGGCUUCUCACUGAGCACUGUGAUGGGCAAAACGACAAGGAAAGCGACUGCUUUUGGACUAUCAAAGAUAACAAGGGGCUUGAUUUUGCUUGGAGAGCAAAUGAAACUUUUAUUAAGCCGAUUGAAUUUGUUCCAUUUGUCGAAGAUGAUGAUCGCUUCAGAUGGACUCUUAUCUCAAACGCAACCGAUUUUCCAUGA